AUGACUCUUGCAGUUAAUCUGACUAAUUUUUCCAUGCAAUCCAUCCUGAAUCGGGAGAAACUCAUUGGUGAAAACUUCAUCAACUGGUACCACAACUUGAGAAUAGUUCUCAGGCAUGAUCGGAAGUUCUACGUGUUGGAGGAGUCUGUUCCUGAGGAUGAGCCAGGGCCAAUGGACAUCAUAUCAAAAAUACCCUUCCUUUGUUAUUUUGACUUCAAGACCCCUUCUCCAACUAAACAACUCGAAGGACAGAAUGCCUUCGAAAUGAUCGAGCUGCUCAGGACUAUAUUUGAGGAGCAGACAAGAGUCGAGCGAUUUAACGUCCUGAAGAACCUGGUCAACUGUAAGUUGUCCAAUAGUUUGCCCGUGAGUGCUCAUAUCCUCAAGAUGAAGGGUUAUCUAGAGGAUCUUGAGCGACUAUGGUUGGAAGUUAGUCGUGAAUUGGCAGUAGACCUAGUUCUCCAAUCCUUGCCGGAUAGUUAUGACCAGUUAUUAGCUUCUGACUUUGUUCUUCGUUUGUUCCUUGCUCAUUUAUCAUCCCGCAACGUCCCGUGA